ACCCCCCCUACAUUGCCCUCAACUUCCGGUUCCUUGCCGGAAAAGGCGGGAGCGAGAGGCAGCAGCAGCAAUGGCGGCUACGUUGCAUACAUCUCCGAUGUCGUUACAACAACAACAACCACCACAACAACUACAGCCUCCUCCUCAUCAACAACAACAACCACCACUACCUCCUCAUCAACAACAACCGCCGCCGCCUUCUCCUCUCCUCCCUUCUCCUCCUCCUCAGCCUCCUCACGCGUCGCCUCAGGAAACUCCGUGGUCGGCCAUCGAUCGCUACUACGACGAGCAGGAGGAGGCGAGCGAAGAGUUGGACGACGACGACGACGAAGAGGAGGAGGAGGCGGCGGCGGCGGCGGCGAGGGGGGAUGGAGGCGGCGGAGAGGAGGAGGAAGAGGAGGUGGUGGAGAGGAGGAGGAGGAGGAACGCCCGGGCGAGGGAGUCGGACGAAGACACGGAGGACGCGAGCGAGACUGACCUGGCCAAACACCACGAGGACGGACACGUGGAGAUCAAGGAGAGAAUGUAUCAGGAGAAGCUCAGCUCUCUGAAGAAGCAGCUACAGCAUCUUCACGAAGGCACCCUGCAGGAAUACCAGAAGAGGCUUCGCAAACUCGACCAGCAGUGCAAGGAGCGCAUUCGCAACGCUGACUUGUUCCUGCAGCUCGAGACGGAGCAGGUGGAGCGGAGCUAUGUGCGGGAGCGCCGGGCGGCGGUGAAGGAGUUUGAGGACAGGAAAGUGGAGCUCAAGGAGAGCCUCGUGGCCGAGCUGGAGGAGAAAAAGAAGAUCAUCGAGACGGAGCGCCUCACCAUGGAGCUCACCGGCGAUUCGAUGGAGGUAAAGCCGAUAAUGACUCGCAAACUCCGCCGGAGACCAAACGAUCCGGUCCCACUGCCGGACAAACGGCGAAAGCCUCCUCCCUCGCAGUUGAAUUAUCUACUGCUGGAUGAGCAGAUACAGGACGACCUGAGGGUUCUCAACAAAGGAAAGCCGUUCAAGAGAGCAGAAUCACCGAGUCAGCGGUUCGAAGCCCGCAUCGAUGAUGGGAAGCUCUGCUACGAUCGGAGAUGCUACCACAAGAGCCAGCCGGUCUUUCUGGAGGCUCGCGACACCAACAAAAUCAGCUGCGUCAUCAGCUCCAUCGGCACGAAUGAGGUCUGGGUGCGAAAGACAUCGGACAGUAGUAAGAUCCGUGUCUACCUAUCUCAGCUGCAGCGAGGGAAAUACGUCCUUCGAAACAGAUCCACCUCCUGAUAGACACACACACACGGUACACACACACACCGUACACACACACACCGUACACACACACACCGUACACACACACACCGUACACACGCUACACACACACACGGU